GGUGAAAUUAGACGCCGCUUCUUCCCUCAACUUUUGCUCACACGUGCCACCAUCAUGAGAGUGGAAACGCUGAGGAGCAGAUGGGACAGUAGCGUCUGACAGACCCAGUGCCCUGGAUGUUUGCGUGAAAUCUUCACGGCGCGCUGCGCAUCAUGACGUCUAUUAGCGUUUGCGUAUAAAUAAGGCCUCAGACGGGACAGCUCGGCCUGCGCUGCCGCUGAUGCUGCAGAGCUAAAAGCGUACAGGCUGCUUCAGCGUGCACGUCCUGUGAUCCGCCUCACGGAUGGAACUGUCUCCGAGGUAACACGCGCAGUUCACGGUUUGGCGCAGAGCGAAGACCCGCCGAGGAAACUGAUGUGCGGAGACUUUUACCUUCGACCUCGACGCGCUGCUGCUGUUUUAUGGGACGGUGAAGGUGUCUUUGAGUACUGCUCGUCUUGCUAACGCUCAGGAGCCCUGCGAUCCCUGUGGAGAAGCGGGGUUCUUCGCCGGGUUGUUUUGGUGACCGAAGGGGGGACGGCGACGCGUUUUUCGGGUGAGUGAAGAUCCGGGGACCUGCUGGACGACGCGCAUGGCUUUGCCCGAGAAUCUCCCCCGCAUUAUUCGCCCAGAGAUUUAAUCUCUGAUUUUCUCCCGUGGUGUCUGUGUGGAGCCUCCCACACACCCACUCCACAACAACGACGGCUUUUGCUUGCAUCUUCCAGUGUUUCUUCUGUCAGCAAGUCCAGCAGAGCUGCAACUCUUCCAGUGCCAGCCCUGACACCAGCGAGGAGCCCUGCCCCACUGACAUGGUGAAGAUGACCAAGUCCAAGACCUUCCAGGCUUACCUGCCCUCCUGCCACCGCACCUACAGCUGCAUCCACUGCCGGGCGCACCUGGCCAACCACGACGAGCUCAUCUCCAAGUCAUUUCAAGGCAGUCAAGGACGAGCCUAUCUCUUCAAUUCAGUGGUGAACGUCGGCUGCGGGCCAGCUGAGGAGCGGGUACUACUCACAGGUUUACAUGCUGUGGCUGACAUCUACUGUGAAAACUGUAAAACCACUCUGGGCUGGAAAUAUGAGCACGCGUUCGAGAGCAGUCAGAAGUACAAAGAGGGAAAGUUCAUCAUCGAGCUGGCUCACAUGAUCAAGGACAACGGAUGGGAGUGACGUCCGUCCGCUCCUCCCUCUGCAUUAUCGAACUGCGCGGAGCGCCGUCCAUCGAGCACCGUGGCCCCUCCCCCGCCCCCACGACCCCGCCUCCAUCCAACUAAAGGAAUCAAGCCCCGCCCCUCGUGUUCCUUCACGCGCACACACCCACCUGCUCAUCGUGAAACUGAACAGAACCAACACAACGAGGAAGUGGAGCCGUCACAGGAGUCUGUGCAGGUCGUCUGCUCCGAAGGCUCGGGUUUGAGCCCCCACUCGCCCCACUCACCCCACUCGCCCCCCACCGAACCAAGCUUCAAGUGAUUGUGGUGAUGAUGGCGACCACUAUGCUAAAGGAGCUAGACUUCACCGAAAAGACCUUUCUUCGUGUCCCUUAUUUGGCCUCUUGAGGCGGACGACUUUGAUGACUUUGGUUCUUUUAACGUUUUCGCCUCUACUUUUAACUUGUGGGUUCGCUGACGCUUUGGUUUGAUGGCCGAUGGAUGUUACUGGUUAGCAUUUUAUGUCCCCAUCACGUCUGUCCUGCUUAGUUGACUUCGAUUUUGGGCUUGCUGUAUCUGCCUCUAGCUGAGCAUGCUUUUCUUCGCUAGUUUCCAAAUGAGUGAUCAGGGAGGCGGGGGAGGAGGGGGGGGGGGUCUAUCCUAGUUACAGAUAUGUAGCAGCAUCUUGUUUCAGGGUGGGUUUGCAGUAGUGUGACAUUUUAUACCUUUUCCAGUUUUAGCCUUUCUUGUGAAUUCUCUUUAUUUUUCCCCUUCUGGUACUUUUCAUCACCCAAAAAGCGUUGAAGGCAGCAUCUAGUAUUUGUGGGACAUUAAUGGAUACGCAUAUAUAAAUAUAUAAAUAGUUGUAGUGUUUGGCUAAAUGCGAUUGUGGCUGGUCCCAUUUUGCAGCAGUACCACGUGAAAGGAAAGGAGCCGACAGGGAACCUGACGUCAGAGUCCACUUGUCAUCACACAUUUCGGCAGACUGUAUUAUCCCAUUGUCUGGUGACGAGACACAACUACAUAUGAAUAUAUACAUAUGCUGUGAUCACAUCCAUGAAUGCUCUGAAGAUGUUCCUAGUACGUAGAUACUGGAACAUGGAUCUAUCCCCGUACAUACCUGCUGUCAUGCACAUGUGUAUAUAUGCAUAUGACGGUGUGUAUUGUGUGUGUGGUCACGCGUUACACUUGAACGACGCUACUGUGUUGCACUUUGCAGAGGCACGGGUUCCUCUCGGUUUGGAGGCAAAGCCGUCCCCGCUGCGCUCACGCUCUUUAGCUGCUACCUGGGUUCUUCUCGCCGCUCCGUUCAACCUGCAAAGACGAGCUCUGCUUUCCUCCCAGCUUCCGCUCCCUCCCUCUCAUGAAGAUGUGGUUCCGGUCCGCUUUGCUGCUCCUCUCGGUCUCUUGCACUUUAUUCUGAUCCGUCUUCAUCUCCUGGAGCGCAUCUAAGGACGACGCCCUGAUUUGCCUCUAAGCCGAACGAGUCCUGUGCCUCUUCAAAACAUAAACGUCUCUCCUUUUUCUUGCUGUUGUGCAGUGCAUAACUUCAAAACCCUUCACCUGAACCGAUGUGUCUUCCCCGUCAACACAACCUUCUUCACCAGAAUCCUCGUAGCGCGAGUUGUUUUUGGUAAACACACACGCAUCUAUUUCCUACGCUUACAAAGUGCAAAGGCAGAUGGGUAUUUAGCGUAUUAUGAUUCUCAGAGGACAGCAGAGAGGAGGAGGUUGGGAUGAGCGGGAUGCCCAGUGCCUGGAGGGGUGAGGCGGGUGAGGCGGGGCAGGGUGGGACAGAUUGAAAAAUCAGCAGUGAUUGAUUACUUUGCCGGCAAGGUCAGUCAGAUCACACGACCUUUUAUCCUAAAGACAAAGACAAUGCAAACCCUUAAUAGUUACAGUGAAACCUACUUGAAAAUAUAAAGACGUAAACAGCUGAGCUAUUGGCCCGUGUUACAGUUUUUGUACAUAAAGUAACAUAUUUAAGGUUUUAUACGUAUUUCUACUGGGUUAGUUCUUUUACUUCCCCAACUUGAAGCACUUUUGUUCACUGUACCUCUGUGUGUGUGUGUGUGUGCGUGUGCGUGCGUGCGUAUACUCACAUGCAUGUCUGCACACAAGUGAAUAUUUCAUUUCUUUUCCUCGGACAGUUUUAUUUCUUUUCUCCUUUUGUGCUGUUUAGUUGUUUCUUUCGCAGCCGUUCGCUUUCGCUGUCUCUCGCGGUGAACGGACGCCGGUCUCGUUCCUUUGUUUGUUUGGUUUCUUUUUCCUGUUCGCUCGCUCGUCCGUGUAGCUUGCGUGGAGAGCGAGCUGCAGUCUCCCGCCGUGUCCUCCGCGGUCCGAGGCUCCUGUUCUGGGCCUUCGGGGGUCCGAGGCUCCUGUUCUGGGCCUUCGGGGGUCCGAGGCUCCUGUUCUGGGCCUUCGGGGGUCCGAGGCUCCUGUUCUGGGCCUUCGGGGGUCCGAGGCUCCUGUUCUGGGCCUUCGGGGGUCCGAGGCUCCUGUUCUGGGCCUUCGGGGGUCCGAGGCUCCUGUUCUGGGCCUUCGGGGGUCCGAGGCUCCUGUUCUGGGCCUUCGGGGGUCCGAGGCUCCUGUUCUGGGCCUUCGGGGGUCCGAGGCUCCGGUGGAGCCACGUUGGAGCUUCUAGUUGUGGCGCCGGCUGUGAAUUAGUGAUUGUACUUCUGGAGAAUGUAUUGUUCCUGUGCAGAAGUCCAGCCGUUAUCCUCCGCUCUAUUCGGUGCAGUUCACUGCAGCUGCAUCACCAGUAACAGCAUCCCAGUUGUGGAGCUGCGUUUCCAUGCAACAGUCCUUCAAAUGACUGGAGGUGCAGCGGCCGGUGGUUCAAAGCUCCGCAGGUGAAACACUGCUCUGUCUUUAAUGGUGCAUUCGUUUUAAGUGAUCUGUGACAUCGGCUCAGCGGUCGUCAUGAACGUCUUCUCAGCCAUUUUCUGAAUGACUAACUUGAACACGACUGAAACUGGAUUUUCCUGGUCCAGAAUCCAUUUUGUGCAUCUUUUCUGUGUUUUCUUACGGUAGCACUCAGCGACAGCUAUAUUAAUGUAUUUGCUGAGAAAGAUUGUGUUAACGUUGAUGAAGAGCUAGAGUGACGGGAGGUUCCUCUGUAGCUCAAAGCUAGUGACUGUAGAAUUUGAGGAGAAGCGCCUGAACGCACCAUUAGAGGCGGACGUUGCCUUCACUUCAAUCAUUAUGCAACUGGGAUUAAUUUGAUUUGGCCUCAAUUAAAACUCAGCUGUUUUUACCAAUUCAGCUUAGUGAACUUCACCUGAACUCACAGAGCUGAAGGUUUUUGGACACAAAUCCGACUUCAGCAGCUGGUUCCUGCUGAGCGCCGCCAACGUGGCUCCAGUGGCUUAACGACCCGACAGAAAGCAGUCGCCAGUGGAACCAAAUACGAAGCGAGUUCUGUCGGAGGGUUUUCACAGCUAAACCAAUGAAAAGGAGCAGCUCCGUUCUGAGGUCAACGGCGCCAAAGCAGCCUGGACGAGCAGACGCGGAACUGCUGCUCAAACGUCUACCUUUGUUUUCUUCUGUUGUGACACUGGCUGCGUUCCUUUUGAGCUCUGUUCCGAGGGUGUUUAAAGGCAGGAUGGGUCAUAGGGGAAAAGGCUGCACACGUUCCUUUAGGACUGUUAAACUUCCGUUUGAGGUCUAAAGCAUGUUGUAUUUAUAAUGGAUAUAUGUUGUGCCUGUUUUAUAGUUUUUUCCUGAAUUGGAAGCUUUUUAUUUGACUACAUUGCUUUGCAUUCUGUCUUAGUAAAGCCAUGUCACGCGUCUGUUUUCACUCUAAUGUAAACUAUCAGAUAUCACAAUAAAUUUUCAAUGGGAUAAA